CACCAAUGGGUCUAAAUGGCAAGUACGUUUUAUUGUCUACCAGACAAACUACAUUUUCACCAGCAUUUGGCCUGUUGGCAGGUGUUAAUUUAGAGCCCUGAAUAACAGUAUCUUCAAACCAAGUAUGUAUGAAAUUGUGAAUUCAAUGAUGUUGAAAGCAGGAAACUUAAUUGCAAAGCAAACCGAAUGGCAAGAAAAUGAAAUGGGAAUUCUUCAGGUGUACUUGAAGAAAAAUCAAGUGUUUCACUGUACAAAUUGGUAAUCUAUAUACUGUAGGAAUUGUUUGAAGGAAGGAGUAUAUACAAUACUUUAUAGCAACGAAUUGACCCAUGUGUGGCACAACUUUAAAAGCAUAAUGACUUAAUAUAACUUAAUAUAAGCACCAGUCUCAUGUCUUGAAAGUUAUCGAUUUAAUCCUCCAGCUUAUCAACAAGCUACAUGUGGAGAACUCUCAAACUGAUCAGAUUAAAGGAAAUGGUCAGCAAAAUAAUUACUUUUCUGACAUAAGAAACAAAAUAUUUAUUCUCGUGAGAAUACAAACAAAUCUAGUUUGUUUAUUUUUUUAAAUGUUGAACAGCCAUUUUUUGUUGUCUUCAAUACAGGUUACAAUUUUUACUAGUUGGCGUCUCAUUUUAAUUUAUUUACUGUGCCUGAGCGAGUGAGUUGAGUGAUGUUGAAAGAAUGGAUGAGGAACCUAUCUUUCUUUCUUUUUUCUUUUUUUUUAGUUUAAACUUUUUUUUAUGCAUUGAGGUUUUUUUUUUGGUUAGCCGUCCUGAAGAGUAAUGCGUUUCUGGUACGGUGCUGGCUCAAAAUCGUGAUGAACUUGGGGCUCAAAACACUUUUUUGAGCUAGUCCUCAAAAUAAAUGGCUAUUACCGCAGUACUCCCAUCUUGUUCCAUAAAGACUACCUCAAAUUUCAAACGGCAUCUUCAGAAUAAUUUACCUGAUUACAUGAGGGAUUACAGUGGCGCGCCCCAACCGAGCUCUGAUGAAGAAGCUCAACCUUCAUCCUCAACAAGGCCGGUGCUAACUCGUUGUCGAACGACAGAGACUAUGGUCCACAGUAUUGUGACGUUCGUUGUGAAGGGCUUUCACCCCCUCUCUUUUGUCGAAGACGAGCAUUUCAUUAAUAUCUUGCAAGUUGCUAGGCCCGGUAUCCAAAUGCCCUCAAGCGAUUUUCUUAGAGAUGUCCUCAUCCCACAGCGCUCAGAUGAUGCGAAGUCAGAGCUUUUUGACCUGAUGGCAAAAGCUGCCCACGUUUGCCUAACUGUUGAUAUGUGGUCCAGUCCAACAGUGGGGUUGUUUUUGGGGAUAACUGGCCAUUUCGUGGUGGGUAGUCAUUUGAAGAGUGGAACGCUGCUCUGUCACCGUCUCCAAGGGCAGCAACACACACCUGCUAGCAUUGGCCAACUCUUUGGCACCGUGCUGGAGAAUUUCAACAUUCAGAACAAGGUGUCAUUUGUCGUCACUGACAACGCGUCCAGGGUGAUUGAUCCGCUCUGUCUGUUUCCACGACUACAUGUCGACGGUGGCUGUGAGAACGAGGAAAGCGGUGGCUGUGAUCUCGAGGUAGUCAGUGUAGAGGAGAUGAUUGUGGACCUCGCACCAGAGAAGCUGCCAUGUUUUACUGACGCUCUCCAGAUGGUGUUGCGUGAUGCGAUCGAUGCAGACGAGUCGAUUAAAAGCCUCCUCGACAAGGCCCGGGAGCUGCUUGCUUUUUGUCUGAAAUCUCCCCUGGCGAAGGCAGUCUUAAAUGAGGUGCCCAAAAGGAGGCCUGAGCAGCCCAUUCCUCACUGGACUGACCAGUUGAAAAUGCUGCUGUCGAUCUUAAACAUUCCAGAGGAUGUCCUCGCCGAGCAAUGCCCAAUUCAGCUGUCAGAGUGUGAGCUCGUCAACAUUCAGGAGCUUGGCGAGUUGUUCGCUCACUUUGAGGAAGUCUUAGAACGGUGUCUGUCUAAAAAAUCGGGUGCCUCCAGCUGUGUUAUCCCAUGUGUCAGAGGGCUUAGGCACACAAUGGAAGGUGAAAUGGACCUGGCUGAGAACGAGACGUUUUUGCCUGCCUUGCGAGCAUCCCUCGAAAGCAGGCUGGCGAAGUUUGAGGAAAUGGAAUGUUUCCAGAUGGCUGCAGCCCUUGAUCCCAGAUUCAAGCUGGACUGGUGUAAUGAUGAGGAAGAAGUGGAGACGGUGAAAGGCCUUCUCACUGCAAAACUUUGUGAAGUUUUACCAAAACCCCCUGCCUCCGAAGCCCCGAGUAGGAAACGGCCCAGACUCUUUUCUUACAUGGACACUGAUCGGGCUGAGCCCAUUAGUGUGGCCACGCGAAUACUUGCCAUGUACUUGUGCACACCGUGUUUGGGGGUUGAGAGCAAUCCUUUUGAGUUCUGGCAAGAUCGAACCGAUAAGCUUGCGCUUCUAGCACGUAAAUAUCUGUCUAUUCCUGUGUCCCCCGUGUGCGUCGAGAAGAUAUUUAGUGCUGCUGGUAAGCUAUUCAGACAGGAGAGAUGCGACUACAGUGAGAAGACUCUGGAUGAGAUCUUGACCAUUGUGUGCAACAGUUAAGUCCUUGAGCCCGCUUCCCAAAUUUGGGCCAUCAGUGAGGAGGGCAGUCUCUGAUUUUGGUGAGGCAUACGCCAUUAGUAACAGGAGAAUGAUGAAAGCGCUGGGGUGAAGGUGCCUUUUUUCUUUUCUUUUCUUUUUUGCUUUAAGGGUAUUAUUAGAGUUUAUCAGAGUUGGAGACGUUACUGAACCCUGUCUGGUU